AUGGCCGUUGUGCUCAACUCGGAAGAGAAUAAUUAUUUCGCGUCCAGCCCGCUUCAUCGCUCGCAUUCACAACCCAAGUUCGUGACACAGUCCUACUCGAGAUCUCCGAAAAGAUCGAAAAGCAGCAACGGAUUCCUCGAGUUCGUAUCACCCUCCAAUUCCGCAAAUUCUUCCGCCCCCUCCUCGCCGAGAACAAUACAAGCAGACUCUGCAGCCCCCUCCUUCUCUUCGACCCCCGCGAGCAGUUUGUCUCUCGAUGCAAAUUGCGAGCACGAAACCGACGAGGAUCAAAUAGUAUUCCCCUCAUACGACGACGUAGGAUAUUACGAUCAAAUCGAAGACCUGGAACCUCCGGCGAGCCCACAUACAGGUGAUUCAUACACUGUUUCACCAACCUCGGUCUCUACCUCGACCAAUGUGUCGAGGCCUGGCUCCCCAGACCCGAGAGAGCAUGCCGAGGACGAUUCAGCGGUAAGAACACACCCUUCACGACAUGUAGAUUACCUAUCACACAAUUGGAAGGAAGAAGAUAUUUGGUCAUCAUGGAAGCACAUUGUAUCGAAACGGAAAGCGUACAAUAAUAGUGCCAGGCUGGAGAAUGCAUCGUGGCGAACAUGGACAAAAUCAAAGAACCAUCUGAAAACAGUUUCCCCGGAGACUCUCAAUUGGUUGAAGGAUUGUGACGUUACUUGGUUAUACGGGCCACUUCAAACUGGCUCAGACAAAAUGUUACAUGUGCCUUCUACUUCUCCCGGUAGCAGUAGCCGAUUAUCGAAGUCUAACUCAUUCCUGCACAAAAAACCAAUUUUGAAGAAGCGGAGUAUGUCUGAGAUAAUGCUUCAGAGGUCAUUAUCGUCAUCCUCACUUUUAAAGCAAGCUGCAGCGGCUAUUCAAGCACAGCAAUCAGUCGAUGGUAGAAUUGAGCGCCCUCUGAUUGGACGCGCAACCUCAAAUUACGCCUACCCACUUUCAUCGAGACGAAUGAGCGGAGAAAAUGUUACCCUACUUUCAUCCGUUUCUUCCUCAGGAUUGGCUACCCCAAGCACGGGAGAGAAGAAGCAUAUCCACUUCAAUGAGCAGGUUGAGCAAUGCAUUGCCCUGGAUAUCAAAGGGGAGGAUGAAGAUGGAACAGAGCCAUCAUAUCCUAGCCAUGAUUACGACGAUAGCGAUUCCGAUGAUGGAGCCAUAAUGAUGAAGAAAAGCAAUUCGACUCGAAAACUGCCACCUAUCCAAAGCAAAAAAUUGCAACGACAAAACUCCAAUGUAGACAACAAGACAAUUGCCAUGCUGCCAUCUACCACCCUUAAGUAUAGGCAAGAUACCCCGGAACCACCAGAAACGGCGAUGAAGCAUAGCAACGGAUUCUGGAAUGGGAGCAAAUUAUCACCAUCUCCAUCGCAAGAGACCCUGAGGCCAUCAAAACCGUCUACGAGGGUAUUACUUGGGGAUGACGAAGAUGACGAAGAUAUGGAUUGGCAACCACCGACUGCAUUUUUGAACCGGAAGGAUAGCAUAGCAGUGAGUCAGGAACGACAAAGCUUUCAAAAAUCAGGGUCAUCAUCCAGUCUUACGGGCGAGCCUUCCGGGAUGAGACGGACACCAUCAGGAAUGUUCAUGCCGUACGAAGAGGACGAAGACGACGUUGUAUCAGAAGGGCUUUUCGGCAAAGUAGUCGACACAGUAAAUACGGCAAAGGAUAUUGCUCACGUAAUAUGGAACGUGGGCUGGAGACGAUGA